UUAAAUUGUAUGCAAUGACUAUAGUUAUGUUUUUACUCUUUUUUGUAUUAAAGUGUAUUACUAAUGAAACAGUCGAAGAUGGAAGCGAUGCGGAAGAACUUGAUGUGGAUCCCCGAGUUAGAGAGUUUUAUAAAAUUAAUGCCGAAGAACUCCAGAAAAGACAAAUCAAAGAGUUUGCUGACGCUCUCGGCUACGGUUAUGUAGAUGAGGAAGACAUUAAAGAUGCUCAGUUUGCGACAGAAGGGCGCAUUGAGCAUGUUCCGGAAUCGGACAGUAUAUCACGCGAGAAUGGAAGAAGCCGGGAAGUGAACCUCAAGCCGCGUGUUAAUCCUGCUAAUGGAACCGUCCGCUUAACAAAAGAAGACGGCACAGAUGAAAAACAUCUAACCGACGAAAUACAUAACCAUGGGGAAUUGCGCUAAACAGAAGACCAACACGGGCCGACGUUG